CUUUCAAAAAGAUGGCGGCGCAAAAUUUGAUGAAAAGAGGAAAGCGCAAUGUAGCAACGUAUAUCAAGGCAGAAUGUGCUCAGAAGAGCGGACAGCAGCAGCUGACGACACUCUUGGAUUAUCUUCUAGAUCCCCAAAUGUCUUUGGAUGACUUCGAUAAGAUAGAUUGGUUGAAAUCUUUAAUUGCAGGAGGGUCAACUUUCGAGGAAUUUGGAAAAACAGUUCGGAUGUAUGACAAUGCUACAACUUGUGGUUUAGUAUGGACCUCCAACUUUGUGGCCUAUAGAUGUCGCACCUGUGGCAUCUCACCAUGCAUGUCUUUGUGUGCCGACUGUUUCCAGGCAGGAGACCACGAGGGGCAUGAUUUCAACAUGUUUCGGAGCCAAGCAGGAGGGGCAUGUGAUUGUGGAGAUGUAGGUGUCAUGAAUGCAAAUGGAUUCUGUUCCCGUCAUGGGCCCCACCAUACACCCAGAAAUGUUGUAGUUCCCCCUGAUCUACUGUUGGUAGCUGAAGCUAUGAUGCCCAGGUUAUUACUGAGGCUUGUUCAACAUCUCAGAGAUCACGCAAAGCCAGAUAUGUUGGACACAUACUUGGUUGCUAUGCAGGAGAUAGAACUCUAUCUGGGUUUCCUUGGUAGCCUUGUUGAUAUGGGAGCAGCCAUGAGGACAAUAAUAACACUGGCCUUUACAAACCCAAACACAUACAAGAGCCUUGCUUUCACAACAGAUAUCUCUAACACCAGUGACGUGUAUGGUGUGCGUAGUCGAGCCAACUACCUGGGUGCCCUUGUUACGCUUAAGACACCACACAAUCUGGAAGAAUUUAAAGAUGUUAAAGGAAUAGGGAGUGAUUUGCAGCACAAUACCUUCUUAGAAGAAAUGGUAUUUUGGACAGUAAAGUUUGAGUUCCCUCAGAAGAUAAUUACUCUGCUCUUAAGCAUGCUGCCUGAUGAUGUCUACAAAUCAGCCUUCACAAUGGCGUUUGUGUACCACUACAGCAGGGCGUCAAUAUCUCUGGUUAACUCGGUAGACAGGCAGACUAUAUCUAACCGUGUAGUGCAUGUCAGUGUACAGUUACUUAGCCCUGAGCAUCUGGCCUGGAAUAUGGUUGAAGAGCACCAGCUUCUUGAGAUUAUGUUAGUCAGCCUGCAUCACCUCUUAGGCAAUGUACUUGUACAAGGAACAGUGCUUGAUACGGGUCAGCGAGGCUACAAAGUAGUUGACUGUGAGAAGGAUGUCAUGAAGGAUCACUGCUAUUGGCCGAUUGUUAGUGAUCUCAUCAAUAUUCUGUCCCAUAAGGCAAUUGCCAUCAAGUUUAUGACAAAUACACGCUUAGUGGAACUCUGGUUCAAAAUCCUCACUUUCUUUCAAGCCAUGAAUAUGAACCAGAGAGAGCUGAAUCAACAUGUCCAAUAUGAGCCAGACGUAUACUAUUCUUCAUUCUCUGCUGAACUAGAGAUCUGCUCAUCCCCCAUGUGGCAUAUGCUCGUUCAUUGCAAACAACAGGAUAGUGUACCAUGGGUGAGGAAGGUGUUGAGCACUGCCAUCCACGCUCUUGUACAUUGGGCUGAUUCUAUAGGAGUGAAACCUGAUUCAAAGUUGAACCCAAACAAGAUGUCAUUUCACCUGCCCCUACAUAGGUAUCUGUCAGUGUUUUUGGUACAUGCAGUCAGAAACUUAGGCCUAGACUUAGAUGACCUGCUACCUCUUGGUGACCACCUGAAGAUAAUGAUGAAACACCCACUGGACACUCAGGUGGCAGUGUAUGGAAUAUUUGCUGGUUUAUGGGUGCGAAAUGGACUUCAGAUGAAAGGCCAAGCCAUGACGUAUCUCCAAUGUCAUUUCUGUAAUUCUAUGAUAGACGCAGAUCUAUACUUGCUGCAAGUGUGUGCUGCAAAGUUGGACCCGGAUUAUUUCAUCACAACGUUGUUAGAAAGGUUUCAUGUCACAGAAAGUCUGAGUUUUUCCCCCAUUCCACCGAAAGCAUUCCUCUCACCUGACCAGCUGAUGUCCAUGUUGGAAGGAGCCUUACACUUCCUAGCUACAAUAAUAACAAUACGUACAAAUCUAGGUAUGAGCGAUGAAGAGAUCACACGACAGGAAAUGACAUCACUGUUAUGUGUAAACAAUCGGACCCAUAGUCAGCUGAUGGACAUGAUACCAGAGAAAUGUGGUUACACAGGCCAGAACAAAGAGUUUGAACCUAUUUUAAAUCAGGUCUCAGAUUAUGAGGCCCCCAAGUUUGAACCAGGGGGUGCCAUGCAGCAGGGAAUGUAUGUUCCUAAACGUUAUAUUUGGGAUAAGGACUAUGAUCCAAUGUACGUUUCAAUGAGAUGUGUAAGAAGAGAUGCUCAGGGUGCAUUGGAUAGAUACACAACACUGCUACGACAUAGUGGCGAAUGGGAGUCAUCUACAAGUUUAUGGCCACCUUUCAAGGUUCCUGGUGAUGUGCUUCCCACAUAUGUUACAAUACGUCAACUUCUUCAUUGCUCCACCCUCCAUGCAGUUGUUUUUGCAGUACUACAUAAAGCUCUAAAUGAUCCAAAAGUUCCCGAGCCAAUCCUCUCUAUCUGCGUGUAUCUGUUAGAGCUGGCACUCUCAAUCCCCAACCCCACACAAUCUACAGCACAGGCCGACUCCUCUCCCAGUGAGCAAAGUGAGGUUGAAGACAUGCAGUUUAGUACUUGGUAUCCUUCCGGGGACAUCACACACAAUCUCCGUCACACUAUAUCCUCCAUCAAGGUAACUGAGACAGCCAACCCCUUUGGUGAUGUGAAAGAAAGACAAGCAAGACCCCAUGGUGUGCUGGCACAUGACAUGGAGACAGUGGAGGUGCUAGCUGACAUGUUCCAGUUGGCACCUAGUACAAUUACAGCAAUCCCUAACUUAUUUACAAGUACCACUGAUGCACCUAGCACUAGUGAGACAGGAGAUGACUCUCCUCCACAAGUAGAACAUAAAGGCGUGUCCACAGACGAUACAGAAAUUCAGCCUACAAUUAUUGCAGUCAAUGAAACAAUCAUAUCACUAUUAAUCAAACUUCAUAGUAAACUAUCUGGUAACCCCGGGUCAUAUCAGUACAGACCGGAUAAACCAUGUGCCAAGUUUGGAGAUGGACCUAUAGUUAUUGCUAGAGUGUUGGACACCAUUGGAGAUGCUGACACCGAGAAUGCUAGGAUAAUUAAGGAUCUGUGUCACCAGUUGACUCCUGAACCUGCUGCUGCUGAAAAACAUAAAGGCAAAAAGGUUGGGUUGAGUAAAGAGGAAAGAAGGAAAAGGGCGAAGGAGGUACAGCAGAAAUUGAUGGCCCAGUUUGCGAGCAUACAGAAGGCUUUCAUGGAGCAGAGUAUGGAUAUAGAGGGCACUGCAGAGGACACAGAUGCUGGUACAUCAGUGGAUGCUCCCACAGUUGAUUCUCCUAUAGAGCUAGAAGUAGAGGAAGCUGAGACAAUGUAUGACUGUUCCAUAUGUGGCCAAACGACCCCUUCAACUCUUGAGAGACCAAUUAGCCUUGUUGUACUGCUACAGUCUUCAAGUGUCCUAGGGAGUAGGAAAUAUACAGGGGGAAGGGACACAGUGCCAACCAAAGCAGGAGGUUGUAAUCUCACCACAACUUGUGCAGAAAUCAACAAAGAGAGACUGCAAAGAUUGCUCAAACACUUUGAUGUGACAUCUGCCUUAGCCAGUGUGAACAUAGGAUGGGAGGGAGGGAUAGUAGCUCAGACAUGUGGCCACUAUUUACAUCUUGACUGCCACGAAUCCUACAUACAAUCACUGAGAACAGAACCACAACAUGUGAUAUACAACCUUGAGGUAACCAAGGGGGAAUACUGGUGCCCUGUAUGUAGACAGUUGUCUAACACCGUACUACCAAUCCUGCCUGAUAUAGAUGAGAUGUAUGACCAAGAAACACCAGGGGAGGAUUUGGGAACAAAGGUUGCUCAGAUAGGAGAGAUUAUUCAGAGCAGGCCCAUUACACCUGGUUCGGGAGCUUUGACGCAGGUGAUGAGUAACGUCAUGGAUGAUCUCAGUAACGCCACCUAUCCACAAUACAAGAGCUAUAUCACAACAUACACUUCAUCAACUAUGCUCUUAUUUGUAUGUUCCAUGGCAAGGACAAAUCUUGAGCUGGAUCUAGAGUACAGGGGAGGUACAUUGUGCAGGGACACUCCAAUAAACAAGAAAAGAUGCCUAGUGCCUCUAAUACACGUGUUGAGUAUGCAUAGCAAACUGCUCUCCACUACACCCUACAUUGAGAUGUGGAAUAUCAUCACUGGUAAUACACACCCAACAGAUGAUAGCAGUAUGGAAGUUGAGGUCUACAUGAAUGAGGUUCCUUUGCUUCUGAGAGAUCUUACAAGUCAGCUGAUACAUUUGGUCCUAACUAUGCCCCCUGGAGUUAAGAAACCGUACUACCAGUGUAUAGUGCAAGCUGUAUAUAAUGUGCUCUAUGUCCAGGCAGUUGCUAUAGUAACCACUCAGUUUACCGAGGAUGAGAGAGAUGCAUGGAAAUCAAAACAAACUAGUCACAGAAACACCAGUGGCGUUGUGAGCCAGGUUAUAAAUUUAUUAGCUGCUAGUAAAAUCUAUGCAUCUGGAGAUGGCGCUAACAUACCAGUGAUAUGCCAGAGUGUGUGGUCGCCUCAGAGUGUGGAAUCUUCUAUUCAAGAACACAGCCUGGCCUUCCUUCAGUUGGCAGCAUUACUCCAGCAACAUCUGUAUGAUGACCAACUUCCAACCAUCAUGGACAAAAGUGAAGAGUAUCCUCUUCUGUGUAAAUACCUUGGAUUAUGCAGUGAGUCUUCUCCCAUAAGUAAUUUUGAGUCUUCAAUGUGUGUACAUUGGUUGUGCCCCAAUCCUGAUGAUGUCAUCAAAAUGUGGUGUCGUCAAAUGGCUGCAGUGAUGACGCAGGAUGAUCAGACUGCAGAAAUUAAGAAAGUAUUACUGACCCCUAAGCUCUGGCAGGAGCCACUGUUGUGUCAGCUCCCCAGGAAGUAUGAUGUGUUGUUUCAACACUAUCGUCACGCUGCAUGUGCGACAUGUAAUAAUGUCUCCAAGGAACCUGCCCUCUGCCUGCUCUGUGGGCGCCUCGUCUGCUUCAAGCAGAAAUGCUGUGUUGUUGGUCGCAAACACGAAGCAGUGCAGCACUCUAUUGAAUGUGGGGCGGGAACUGCCCUCUAUCUUAUCAUCAACACAUCAUUUAUUGUGGUUGUGCGUGGCACUCGAGCAGCUCUUUGGGGCUCCAUCUAUCUUGAUGACCAUGGGGAAGAAGAUCGGGACUUAAAGCGAGGAAAACCACUACACUUGAGUGAGGAAAGGUUCCAACUGCUAGAGAAACAAUGGAGAACACAUACAUUUCAUCACAUUGUGAAACGCUGGAUCUGGCAUAAAGACGGGUUCUGACUAUAUACCCUACUUUAUGUUUAAGUCAUAGUCAUAGGCAGUUACCUGCAUCUCGAGGAAACUUAGUCAAUAAAAGAUAAUGCAUAAAGUGGUAUACAUGUACAUGAAGUGGUAUGCAUGAAGUGAUAUGUGUGAAGAGCUGUGAUGUACCAGGAUUUUCAUACUUCUCAAAACUGAAAUGUGGACUAUUGACACAUUAUUUUUCUAUGCAUGCUAAAAUUUCUACUGGUCCAACAUUAUAUUUGACAUUUUCUAACAAACUGGUAUUUACAAGUAUGCUGUACACUCUAGCCAAAAGUCUGUUAAUGCCAGCUCCCCUAUUGGACUGGUUGGCCUGUGUAUGUUUGGCUAUUUAAAAAAUUCAGCUGAUUUGUCAGAAAUCCAGCCUAAUGUAAUAGAAGAAGUAUAGGCUGUCCGUACAGUCUCUUUACAAGAGACUGUAGUG